AUGCGCGAAAUUGCUGCUUUAUUACUUCUUUUUUUCUUGCAAAGCCGCAAGUUUAUUCCUGACAAAAAAUCCCAAUUUUCAGACCUUCUCUCUAUCCCAUCGACCACAUUCAAAAUUCCAAGAAACGCCCAAGAAGGCGAUGUGAUAUUUGGCAAUGGAUAUAUCCGGGCGUCCAAGGAAAUCGACGAAUCGUUGAACCUGGAACUGGAAGGAACCAAUCCAUCACCAAUCGCUAUCAAUGGAUCGAUAGUCGAUGCUGGACAACCUGUGAAGUUCAUUUUGGUGAACAAGAAUGCGUUUGAAAAUGGGAAAAGUCGAGUCAAGCUCCAAGCGAUCGGUGUAAUUUCUGGAAAAGUUCAAGAGGAAACCAUCAACUUUGAAGUUGAAUCAUCAUCCAGCCUUCCCGAAAUCCCUGAAAUUCCUAAUUUUGUUGUGAAAAGUGACUUCCAAGAUAAGGAGACAGCCAUUGUGAAAGUCAGCUCUCAAAUUCCCCAAAAUUCUGAACUCGAGGUCCUUGGAUCAUACUCUGAAAGAGUUCAAGCCACAUUUCAAGAUGAUAAUAUUAUUCUGGAUACUGUACCUUGUCAAGCAGAUGCACCAUGUGAAGUCACAUUCCCGUUUACGGUCAUUUUGGUGUUGAGAAAUGGAGAGAGUCAUGUGGAGGCGUUGUUGACUUUUGAAGAGGAAAAGAAAUCGUAUCUAAAAAUGACUCAAAGACUGUACCAAACCACCAUCGAAGAGCAUACCGGAGGACAGGAUCAUCUCGUAAAGAUCACAACAAAAGGCGCAAAUUCCGAAGUACUGUAUUCGUUGCGGGACUCAUCUGGACUAUUCUCAAUUCACCCAAAAGAGGGAAUUCUGUCGAUUUUGCAUCCAGAAUUUUUAACGAUUAAUUCAUUUGGGGAUACUGUAAAUCUUACUGUAGUAGCGACGGAUGGUGAUAAGACGACUGAUGCGAUGAUUGUCGUCAAGAUUGUUCCAGAAGUUCAGAAAAAUGUGGUUUUUGGUUUUGAAAAAGAAUCCUACGAAAUCACUGCUGACAAUAUUUCCCCAAUUUUGGGCAACAUUGCUGCCAAGUCCUCAACUCCCGUUGUCUACCGUAUCACCGAAGGACGUGGGGAUUUGUAUAAAGUUAAGCCAAAUGGAGAUGUAAGGUAUACGGGAAAGCUGGUCAAGGAGGACCGGGAGGAUGAGAUUACGGUAGGUUAUGCUUGCCUGGAUGUCCGGAUGUCUUUUUUUUUGCAGGUAGCCGUUCAGCAAUCAACUGGGGGUCUUAAAAUGGCCUCAACGAAAGUGCAAAUGCAUUUGAAAGGAAUUGGCUCAAAUCCUAUAACCACCAAAGAUCCAUUCGAAUCAAUCGAGAUGAUAUCCUCAGAAGAACCAGCAGGAGUCGUGGUGUCUUCGAUUCAAUUUGAUGACGUGGAUUCUGAUGCCAAGCUACAGUACUACUUGGAACAAACCAAAGCGAAAAACGAAAAUGGAGAAGAUUUGAAGGAUGAGAACUUGUUUGAAAUCAAAUCUGAAGGCAAAACAGCUCAUUUGGUGGUUUCCGGAGACCUCUCAUCUUCAGAAGCUUCUACAGUAAUCCUUAAAAUCACUGCACAAGACUCCGCACAUCCCAAAGAGCCGAUGGUUACUGUAACUCGACACAUUGUGAUCCAACGAGAGAAGUCAGAAGAGCCACAACUCGGGCUAAAUCUGAUUCAACUGCCAAAAGAGAUUACGGUACCGUUUGAUGCGAAAAUCGGAACGUUUGUCUAUCGGACUACAGUACUCCCCGAGAAGAAUGAUUUGGAGUUUUCUAUUGAGCCAUCUCAUUUGUUCAAUAUUUCCAAUAAGGGAGAUAUUGUUACAGCAAAGGAAUUGACUGGAGAAGCGGAGAAUUUGAAAAUCCAUGUCAUCGUGAAAGAUCCCAUGUCUUCCACUUCUUCUGAAUCCUCUUCUCAAAUCGUGCUGAAAAAGAUUCUGAAACCUCACUUCUCAGAACCCCAAUACCUUGUCAAUUUGCCACGUGGAACUCCGGAGAAUGCAGCGAUUACUGUAGUUUCUGCUACAAACCAAAAUGGAGAACCAGUCAAGAAUUUCUUGCUAAAAGGAGGGCAUUCUAAGUAUUUCUCAAUUGAUAAAAAUGGAGCUGUAAAGACUUUGGAGGCUUUGGACGAGCUGGGAAACGAGUUUGAUCUACUGGUGGCCGUGGCCGAGGAUCCGACGAUUUCUGUGCCAAUCCACGUCACACUUCAGAAGGCUCGAGAGUCGACGAUUGUGCUUCAGGAGACUCAAAUCUUUGCAACGGUUUUCGAUAAUCUUCCAAUAGGAUCAUUUAUUGGAAAAGUUGAAGUGAAGAAUGGAGAAAAAGUGAAAUUUGAAAUGGCUUCUGAAGAGAAAGGAAUGAUGGAUUUAUUCAAAAUUAAAGAUGAUGGAACGAUUAUUAGCAGUGAUUGGUUAGCAGGAGCCGAAGGUAUGCACAAAUUCUCUGUUCUGGCUUCCAACAUGGAUCAAGCUGGUGUUCGGUCUGCAAACGCUACAGUAAUCAUAGAUGUGAUCAAAUCAAAUGAGUGUGCUCCACGAUUUAAGAAAGAUGAGAAUUUGAUUUUCUAUGUCAGAGAGGUGGGACAUAACACUCCCACAGAUACAGUAAUCGGAAAAGUUGCCGCUGAUGUUUUGCCUGGAAAAUGUGACCUGGAAUAUUCGAUAAUUUCCAAUGAUGAGCAACCAAUUCUCAUCAUAAAUCCAGCGAAUGGAGAACUAAAAACCGCACAAGAGUUCGAUUUCGAAAAGUCCAAAUCUCAUAUGCUAACCCUAAAACUAGUAGCUGGAAAGCAUAAUUCUGUGGAGAUGGGGGCGGAGCUUCGAGUGAUCGAUCAAGAUGAUCAUCAGUUGAAAUUUGAUCUACAAGAGCAGACGGUAGAAAUCCCGGAGGACGUGGCAAGAGGUACUGUAGUGGCUACAGUAGUCGCUCGAGAAGAAGAUGAGAGUCAGGAAGUGUUCUAUCAUUUGCUAGCCGGUGCUCCACCUCAGUUUUCAUUGGAUUCGAGUACCGGAAAAGUGAUGGUUGAAGAGUUAUUGGAUCGAGAAGAAAUCGAUCAAUUUGUGAUUGAAAUUGGGGCUUCAAACGACGAAAAUCUUAUCAAUGGACCAUCGACAAAGCUUACCAUCCAGGUCAAAGAUGUGAAUGAUAACUCCCCACGAUUUGAUCUACCUUCCUACUAUACAGUAACCUCUAAGGAUACAGUGGUUGGAAGUUCUCUUUUGGAACUACAUGCUUAUGACCCAGAUGUGAUGGAUAAUCUCAAAAAGUUGGAUUACAGUGUGACCGGCGCCAGUUUCGAAUAUCGAGGAAUGAGUAGAAAUGUGGAUGAAUUUUUCGACAUCCAAAGUCAAAAAUUGAUCCUUAUGAAAUCACUGUCAGACUAUGUCGGGGGUGUAUUCAAUGUGCAGUUACAAGUCAGGGAUACUGUAGACGGAACGAUCGGAAAAUCUGCUCUCCGAGUCUACGUACACGACUCAUCCGAUUUGCUGAGUCUUGAGCUACCGUACUCCCCAAGUUCAGUGUCACAAGCAAUUAUUCAAGAUUUUUCGGAGCAAGUUUCAAAUUCCACUGGCCUUCAAGCCAUUCCAAAGACUGUUCUAUACAAAGCCCCUCAUGGCAUAAUGUCGAAUUCUGUGGAUCUUCAAAUGGUCUUUUUCAACAAGACCAUUUCAGAAAUCGUGCCGUCUGAACGAAUUCUAGCGAUUCAAUCGAUGCGGCAAGCUGGAAAUCCGGACUUAAAGAAUGUUCCGGUCCUUCGAAAACCUGCGUCUCCAUAUCUUCUAACGGAUAACUCGAGAUCUGACACUUUCAUUCAACCCGAACUAUUUUUCCUGGUUCUUGGAUUUUUGGUCCUAUUGACGAUCGUUUUGGCACUUUGCGGGCUCAUGGCAUGUUUCGCGCGCAGCAAAUUUUUACGGGAAAAGAAGAUUAUGGAAAAUGAGAUGGCUAUCAAGGAUGCCAUUCAACAUCCGUCCAACAGGAGUCCAGCAUUGAUAAGCUUCAAACAUUUCGCCCCACCACCACGAGUAUCUGCCGAAAUGUACCGUAACCACGAAGAGCACAUGUAUCGGUCGCCGAAUUUGAAUGAAAAAGUCGGCAGCUACGCGGUUCAACAAGCAACGAUUACGGUAGCGAGCAUGAGGAAAAAAUCUGAUUUUUUGUAA